AUGACGAGGAAGUUUCAGUUGUACAAGUUCCACCUGCUGCCCCUACCGGCAGCACUCCUUCAGUGGCGAAUGGAACCUCAACUCUCGGGUGACCCCAAGCAGAAACUGGGGAGGCAUUCUGGACUCUUCAGUCUGUCCCUCAAUCCCCACAUCCAGUUCAUCAUUAACCGUGAUAUCCUGCCUCCUAAGGACCUCACAGAUCCAUCCUGUUCUCCCCAUCCAUCCUGCAACUUCCUUGAGUUUGAGCAUUAUCUGAAUUAUGCAGUAGCCCCUGGUGGGUCUCCCCAGUGCCUCUCCUCAAAUCCCUUUCCCAAAAUGUAG